UCGCCUCUCGCGCGCGUGGCGGGGCAUGCCGGGCAAACUCGCGGCGUCGGGCUCGGACGCGGCCAUGGGCAAGGCGGAGAAGCCGCGCAGGCAGGCCGACAAGAAAGGUAAAAAAGAAAAGCCAAAAGACACUGAGAUCGAGGAUGCAGUAGAAAAGGAGGAAAUCGUUUCUCCCAAAGCUAAGAAAGUUAAAAAGAAAGCAGAACCUUCUGAGGUUGAAACAGAGCCCCCUAAAUCCAAAAAGGCACCGAAGAAAGAGGAGAUUUCUCCCGAUGAUGGGUCUCCUAAAAGAAAAAGUGGAAAAAAGAAGAAAGAAUCCCAGGAAAGCGUUGAUUCUCCUAAAACCAAAAAGGUUAAGAGUGAAGAGCCCGAAGAGGAAGAAGAAGAAGAAGAAGAAGAAGAAGAAGCAGUUGCACCUAAGCCCAAAAAGAUGAAGAAAGAAAAAGGAAUGAAUGGAGAAAUUGGGGGGAAAAGUCCCAAAAUCAAGAACGGCUUUGCUCAUCCUGGUUCUGAUUCUAACUCCAGCGUAGCUGCCAGUGAAGAAAGUAACACUGAGUUAGAGCAGGAAAUGUCUGUGGAACAAAAAGAAGGUGCUUUCUCUAAUUUUCCCAUAUCUGAAGAGACUAUUAAAUUGCUCAAAGCUCGUGGGGUGACAUUCCUGUUUCCUAUACAAGCGAAGACAUUUCACCAUGUCUAUAGUGGGAAGGACUUAAUCGCACAGGCGCGAACAGGGACUGGCAAGACCUUCUCCUUUGCCAUCCCUCUGAUUGAGAAACUUCUGGGAGACCUUCAGGACCGGAAGAGAGGCCGUGGCCCUCAGGUACUGGUUCUUGCACCCACGAGGGAAUUGGCAAACCAAGUGAGCAAAGAUUUCAGUGAUAUCACCAAAAAGCUGGCAGUGGCUUGUUUCUAUGGUGGAACUCCUUAUGGAGGUCAAAUUGACCGCAUGCGCAAUGGAAUCGACAUCCUGGUUGGGACCCCAGGCCGCAUCAAAGACCAUCUGCAGAACGGCAAGUUGGAUCUCACCAAACUGAAGCACGUUGUCCUGGACGAGGUGGACCAGAUGUUGGACAUGGGCUUCGCUGACCAGGUGGAGGAGAUUUUAAGUGUGGCCUAUAAGAAAGAUUCAGAAAACAAUCCCCAAACAUUGCUUUUUUCUGCUACUUGCCCUCACUGGGUGUUUAAUGUUGCUAAGAAAUACAUGAAGUCUACAUACGAACAGGUGGACCUGAUUGGUAAAAAGACUCAGAAAGCGGCUAUAACCGUGGAGCAUCUGGCUAUCAAGUGCCACUGGACCGAAAGGGCAGCAGUUAUUGGGGAUGUGAUCCGAGUGUAUAGUGGGUACAACGGACGCACCAUCCUCUUCACCGAAACCAAGAAGGAGGCCCAGGAGUUGUCCCAGAACUCGUCCAUUAAGCAGGACGCCCAGUCAUUACACGGAGACAUUCCACAGAAGCAAAGAGAAAUUACCCUGAAAGGUUUUAGGAAUGGCAAUUUUGGCAUUUUGGUCGCAACCAAUGUUGCUGCACGUGGGUUAGACAUCCCUGAGGUCGACCUGGUCGUUCAGUGUUCUCCGCCAAAAGACGUGGAGUCCUACAUCCACCGUUCCGGGCGAACAGGCAGAGCGGGAAGAACUGGGGUCUGCAUCUGCUUCUAUCAGCACAAGGAGGAGUAUCAGUUGGCGCAAGUAGAACAGAAAGCGGGAAUUAAGUUUAAGCGGAUUGGCAUUCCUUCAGCGACAGAGAUCAUCAAAGCUUCCAGCAAAGAUGCCAUCAGGCUUUUGGAUUCAGUUCCUCCCACGGCCAUUAGCCACUUCAAACAGUCAGCCGAGAAGCUUAUAGAGGAGAAGGGAGCUGUGGAAGCCCUGGCAGCAGCCCUGGCCCACAUAUCCGGAGCCACGUCUGUGGACCAGCGCUCCUUGAUCAACUCACAAGCGGGCUUUGUGACUAUGGUCAUGAAGUGCUCUAUUGAGAUGCCCAACAUCAGCUACGCCUGGAAGGAGCUGAAGGAGCAGCUGGGCGAGGACAUCGACUCCAAAGUGAAGGGGAUGGUCUUUCUCAAAGGAAAGCAGGGUGUUUGUUUCGACAUCCCGACUGCGACAGCAACACAAGUGCAGGAGAAAUGGCACGAUUCUCGGCGCUGGCAGCUGGCGGUGGCCACGGAGCAGCCGGAGCUGGAAGGCCCCAAGGAGGGGUACCGGAACUUCCGGGGACAGAGGGACGGGGGCCGAGGCUUCCGGGGGCAGCGGGACAGAAGCCGUGGGGGCUUCCGGGGACAGCGCGGAGGAGGCGGCGGCAACAGUGGCAGAUUCCAGAACAAAGGGCAGAAGCGGAGUUUCAACAAGGCCUUUGGCUAGUGGGCCCGGGGCCGAAGGAUGGGAGAGCUGUGUUCACCAUCUGAACAUGGAUUUUUUUCCUACAGCAUAAAAAAGAUUGAGUUUUCUUUACUUCCCCAUCUCCAUUGCCAUCCCUAGGCCCCGUUUCUUUCAUCUCACCAUAUCCCUUGUAAAGGUAGCAUCAGGUUCUUUUAGGUUUUUUCUUCCACAGGGCAUACAUGAUUCGUUUUUAUUCUCAUGUGUUGUCCGUUCUCUGCAAGAUGAGAUCAAGUGGCUUCUCUUUAUACUUGU